AUCAUGAAGUGUGCAACGAUCAUCUGUACCAUCGUCGUGGUCGUCCUGGCGGCACUGGAGAAUACCAGCGUUCAGGCAGCUCCCGAGGAGCAGCUUGCCAGUUUGAACACUCUCCUGGAUGAGCUGCCCGAGGAGACGCAUCAUGCUGCGGUCGAAAACUAUCGGGCCAAGCGGGCAACCUGCGAUCUGGCCAGUGGGUUCGGCGUUGGCAGCAGCCUUUGUGCCGCCCACUGCAUCGCCCGUCGCUACCGUGGCGGAUACUGCAACAGCAAGGCCGUCUGCGUCUGCCGCAACUAA